AGUACUUACACCAUAUUAGAGCAUCUACUUAUACCCUAAUAAAAAAAGGUUCUAAAAAGGCGGUUAAAAGCGACUCCAAUCAGGCCUCUUCUUCGUCCCUCUUUCUCCUUAACCAUCACCAAUACCACACGCAUCCGGAGCCAAAAGCGAGCACUCAAAGGAACAAAUCAAUCCCAAGCAAUCCUUCCCGCCGGAGCUUCCUGCCAUGACUAUCCAGACGCUGAAGGCGCGCAUCCUGCGCGUCCUCAGAUCGUCCCUCCCCGCUGCCCCUGCCGCCGCAUCGGCAUCCCUGCCGCCGUCGCCGACCAAGCCCGGCCGCGUCGUGCUCCACUCCACCGACGGACUAUCCGACGAUGCGUCCUUCUUCGACGCCCAGGAGACCCCCACCAAGAUUAACCUCCCCGCUGAGCCCAUCGACGACGACUGGGAGCUCGUUGACCAGGACGGCUACGACCGGGACUCCCUUGCCUCGGGGCCGGCGCCGGCGUCUGAUCCCGACGGCAUGCUCCGGGAUUUCCCGGCCAGGUGCCCACCCGGCGGCGACGAAGCCGUGGUGCUCUAUACCACCACGCUCCGGGGCAUCCGCAAGACGUUCGAAGACUGUAACGACGUGCGCGCUCUGCUGGAUAACCUCGCCGUGGCGUUUCAGGAGCGCGACGUGUCCAUGGACCGGGGUCUCCGGGAGCAGCUCUGGGCUGCCACUGGCGAAAAGGCCGUGCCCCCGCGGCUCUUCGUCCGCGGCCACGACCUCGGGGGCGCCGCCCAGGUGCUCGCACUCCACGAGGACGGUCGCCUUACCUCCCUCAUCCAGCUGCCGUCACUUUCGCCCCCGGAGGCGGCGGUCAGCAGCAACAAGAAGAGGGAGAAGUGCGAGGCGUGCGGGGGGCUGAGGUUCGUGGUAUGCGGUGAGUGCGAUGGCAGCCGGAAGUUGUUCGACGGCGAGCGCGGUGGUGUCCGGUGCCACGGAUGCAACGAGAACGGACUCGUCAUGUGCACACUUUGCUUGUACCCGAGCUGAAGUAAUGUAAAUUAACUAGCGGUUAAUUGCCAAUCACCUGCUCCUUUUUUUACUUAAUUAAUUACCGACCAUAGUGGUACCACUUUGGGGUUUGAGUGUGUAAUUGGAUUUAGUGGUUGUCUUGUCAUGUACAUACAUUAUGCUAGUAUACGUUUAUGUUUAUA